AUGGCGGCUGUUUCCUCUCGUCACGUUACAGGCACAGGCAGGAAUAUCAGGCACUUGCCCUGCGUGUCACGCAGGAGCGGCGAGACGGGCGUGUGCAUGUUCGCGUUUACCUGCGCGAAGGCUAAUGGCACGCAUCUCGGCACCUGCAUCGAUCGCUUCUACUUCGGUAGUUGCUGCAAGAUCGACGACGAGCCGGACUUAUUCCCGCAGGACAACAGCAUCGACGACGGUCCGUCGCCGCCAAGGCCGUCGUUCAUCACGACCCACGGGCCCAUCGAGAGCAACGACAUACCGGAGUACUUCGCAAGGCCGAAGCCGACCGUCGAGAAGAACGCGGCCAGCUCGCAAGCCACGGCAAGUAAACGCGAGCCGAUAGAUCGCUUCGAAUCCUUCGCGCUCGCGACUUCGAGCGCGCAGACUUCGGCGAGCACGUUGAGGGACACGACGAAGUUCGUGACGAGGAAGCCGACGAUCGAGACGACCACACAGACUACUCGGCUCUCGACAUUCCAGACCGUGCAGAGCGCUCCCGAAGGAGCCUCCAGUACGGAGGCUACUUUGUCGAAGAGCACCGCGAAUAACAGACCGUCCAGCGUGUCGUCUAGCACAACGAGGAGACCCACGAAACCGUUCACUUCGUCCAGCCUGCGACCCAGCACCGAGAACGCGACGAAGCUGGCCGUCACCACGGCAACAGCUUCGAAAGCGACCACGAAGAGACCCGUCUCCACGACCACGGUACCGAGCUCUUCGACCACCCGCAAGCCCGUUCAAUCGACCGAGGUAAAGGCCGAACCUGCUACUACGCAGAAAACGGUACCUUCGACCAGGUUCCCGCCGAGGAACUCGACGUCGCCCAAGCCGCUGACUCAGACGAUCACCAGGAAGCCCAUCAGCAGCACCAAGAGACCAACCACCGCCGCCAUCAACAUCACCACACCGAUGGUAAUCAAACGUCCGGUGGUGACCACGAAGAAGCCCACGACGUUGACGAAGAGACCAUCGAGCUCUUCGAAACCUACCGCGAGUUCCAGCAGUCUUGGUACCAUUUUAGCAGCGACAACCAGACCUUACACGACUUCCGGAUCGCUCAGCAGCGUCUGGAGCUCGAGCGUCACGGAGAGUACCUUAGCCUCCACCGGAAGUAGACCGUCGAUCGCAAGUACGACAACCACGACGAGCACGAGCAGUCAGAAAAUUACCGCUACUACUACUAUCAUUACGACCAAGAGUCCGGAGCAGAAACCGUCCACUACGAGAACGACGACACCGCGGACUACUUCGGGGUUGAAGACGACUACGAAGACGUCUACGAUUAGAACGACUACGGUCAGACCGACGACGACGACGGCGAAGACGACAACCGGCAGCAGAAGCACCACGUCUAGGCCGUUGCCAUCGACCACGACGAAGUUGAAACCUAUCAAGAUCACUAGUACGACAACGAGGACUACUAAACCUAGCGAGUAUGUUAGCACCACGACGACCACGGAGAGAACGAGGCCGUUGUCGUCGACCGUUAUCGGCGCUACGAGGCCUAAACCCACCACGACGAAUCCUACGAAACCCUUCUCCAAGGUGCCCACGACCACGUCCAACAUCGUGGAGGUCACCACGAGCGUCUCGAGCUUGUUGUCCACGUUUACCGUUGGAAACGAGACUACUUCAACUAACACACCUCCUACGAAGGGCCAAGAUGUCAAUAAUACUCUCGAGGAGAUUCCGCUGACUACCUAUUCGCCCGGAUUGGUUACGUGGAGUUCGAAUUCUGAUGAGGUGUCCGUGAAGACACCCGAGACGUCACCGUCGACAUCUUCAUCGGCAUCUCCGACGACUACGACAAUGCCUACGAGCACGACCACGACUACGUCGCCAGAGCAUACAGAGACCGAUUGGUCGCCGAUAACGACUCCGGAUGUCUGGAUAAUGAUUCAGUCGCCUACCGAAAAGUUACCGCAAACUCCCGAGUCGACGACCGAACCGGUUACGGAACCCACUAUGCAGUCUUUGACUUCUGCCAAGCCGAUAACGGAGAGUACCACGAUUCCUGAUUACGUCACGAAGAAACCAAUGACGAUGACCACCUUGUCAACGAUCGCCAGCGUUACGAUCGACACGGAGGCUCCGGAACCGGCGGACUUUCUUAAUAUGUCAGACUACAAACAAGUUAAACACCCCGAGGAUGAUCCAACUUCUGACCGCGCGCGCGCGCGCCUUCGCAUCGUCUUCCAGGAAAUGUCGAACCUUUCGCUCGAUAAGGCAGAUAUCUGUUCAUUCGUGAGAUGGCACCGACGCAUCCGCGCAACGGUACCGGUUUCAUCCAGUCGAACGAACGCAGCCAGCUGUUCCUCCAGCAUGGCAGUCCAACUGAGACCCGCGAAUUUACUCAAGGGUAUAAACUCAACGAUGUUUAUCCUUGCAGUGUGCGGCCGAAGGCUCUUCCCGGAGUCCAGAAUCGUCGGCGGUAGCCGGAGCUCCUUCGGAAAGUGGCCUUGGCAGAUCUCAUUACGUCAAUGGCGUACGUCCACGUAUCUGCACAAAUGCGGCGCGGCAUUGUUGAACCAGAACUGGGCUAUCACCGCGGCGCAUUGCGUCGAGAGCGUGUUGCCUGCCGAUCUGUUGUUGAGAAUCGGCGAGCACGAUCUGGCGAACGAGGACGAGCCGUACGGUUAUCAGGAGAGGAGGGUGCAGAUCGUAGCGAGUCACCCGCAGUUCGACGCGCGAACCUUCGAGUACGAUCUCGCCCUGUUGAGAUUCCACGACCCCAUUCAGCCGUUCCAGCCGAACGUGUUGCCAAUCUGCCUGCCCGACGACGACGAGACCUACGUCGGUCGCACCGCCUAUGUUACUGGCUGGGGCAGACUUUACGACGAGGGACCGCUGCCAUCCGUAUUGCAGGAAGUCGCGGUGCCGGUGAUUAACAAUACCGUGUGCGAGGCAAUGUAUAGAAACGCGGGUUACAUUGAGCAUAUUCCGCAUAUUUUCAUUUGCGCGGGCUGGAGGAACGGCGGAUUCGACUCCUGCGAGGGUGACAGCGGCGGCCCGAUGGUCAUCCAAAGAGCGCGGGAUAAGCGAUGGAUCCUCGCCGGGAUCAUCAGCUGGGGUAUCGGUUGCGCCGCGCCCAAUCAGCCCGGCGUUUACACGCGUAUCUCGGAGUUUCGUGAAUGGAUCAACCAGAUCCUGCAGUUUUAAGAGAGACUGCUACG